AGCCCGUUUGGCCCAGGCCGCGCGCGGGCCCUUUUCCUACCCAGACCUCAUGAAGCCGCGCUGGUCCCAGCGCCGGCGCCCAGGCAGUCAAAGCCCAUGGCGCAAGAUAUGCUGGAGCAGGCCAGGGCGAUCUUCGAGGAGUGCACGCAGCUCCUUGAGGAACAGGCCUCGGCUGGCAUGGACGGGGAUACCGUGAGGUCGCUGUGUGUGUCGAAGAUGGACAGCGCACUGUACGCAGCACAGGUCGCCAUGAGUCGAAGUGGUCCUGAGGGUAGGGGUUCCUGAGUUUUCCCGCCGUUUCCGGCUUCCCUUCCCCGGCCCUGGGACUGUCAAAAAGCGUCUCAGGAGGAAGAGCUGGUCUGGGCGGAGGCCCCGGAGUCCAGGACCCGUUUCUCUUAGGACCUGAUGCCUUCAGCCAAGCAGGAAGCGCUCGUGGAGUUCAGAAGAGCUGGCAACGCGGAGGGCCGGGUCUCUGCCCUGGAGAUCGUCGUGCAGUGCAACCUGGGGCUGAGCGACUCGUUCGCGGCUCUGAUGGCGGCCAGCGACGAGCUGGCGAUGCUCAAAAAGACGGGCGACAGGAUGGCCACCUCCAGGGUGAUGGACGUGCUUCAGAACGUGCACUCCGCUCGCGGCGAUCCUCACGGAGCCCUCGAAGUUGUGGAGGAGUGGUUGGCGCUUCAGAAGGAAUCCGAGGACCUCCCUGGCGAGGCCAAGGCACUGCGCGUGAAGGCGUCCCUGAAGCUCGACGCGGGCAGGAACAACGAGGCGCUGGCGCUUGCGGGCGAGUCGCUGAGAAUCUGCCAGGAGCACGGACUCAGGGAGGGCGAGGUGGCCGCGCGGCGUACGCUCAGCCGCGUCUGCACAAAGAGAGGCGUGGUGGACAAGGCGCCCAACAGGCAGGAGGCGCUGGAGGCGCUGCAGGAGCUGGCGGCGGCCGUGGAGGCCACGGACCAGCAGGGAUGGAACGCCGCCUUGAAGGUGCUUAACGAGACCUGCGCGUAUUCGCAAAAGGACGUGGAUGAAAUAAUGGCGAGGGCUUUGGAGAAGGACCCCGAGGGUGCCCAGAAUUUUCUGGACAAGCAGGGGAUCGCCACCGGCCGAAAAGAGAAGGCGCCAACCACAUCUUCGGACGCGAAGUUCCACGUUACCGAGGUAAACAGGAACGACGUUUACAUCAACUACCGUAUGGGCGGUCUGCAGUACGGGCCCCGGUUCCGGUGCCUCCAGGGUUACCGCUUCGAGUCAUCGAAGGCGAGGGGUACGUUUGCAGUGCUGCAGGUCUCUGAGGAUCGAGGCUGCCGACUGGGAGUCCGAGCUCGCCUGGAAUCCUGGAGUCCUGGACGGGCUUCUCCAGUCGACGGCAUGCCUCAACCACUGAGCGGAGGCCCAGCUUCGAUCGUUUCACUUUGGCUAUCUGGCCCCCAUCGCACGGUGGCGGAAAGCUAGCCAGAGGUUAACCGAGAAACUUCCAGAUGCCUCCCGUGUCCGACCAGCCCCAGGGCCCCAAGGAUGAGGGCAAGGAUUAGGAACUCAUUCAUGCGCGGCCACGCACCCCCAGCGAGUGGGAGUCGGCGGGUAAGAGCGGCCUUGUGUCUCCAUUAUUUGCAAGACGCCGGAAGUGAAAACAGCUUCACCACGUGCACGACCGCUUGCUCAUGUGCACUGCAUGUGUUGUUGUUGGGAAGCGUGGGGGGGUGGGACGUCAUGUCACACCUGAUUCUUACGGCCGCCCGCUCAAUUGUGCUCUGGCCGUCCUUUCGAAGCGUAUUCGCGAAGGUACUGGACCUGUGCAUUUCAGUGCCGCGAUGGCUGCGUCUACGCACCUGGUUUGGACUGCUCCCCGCUGCGGUGGUCAGGAGAGAACUCCCAGUAGAAGUUGCAUCAUUCCGGCUGUACCACGUUGUUACGAUGCUGGCUGAGGAGCCGCUCAUGAGCUGGACCAUGUCGUUACAGUGUCAGAGCGGGGGGUAGCAGCAGCACGAGGAGGCGGAGGCAGGCUUGCGGAAGCCCAAACAGGGC